AGCGCUACGUUUUUCCGUGCGCGUUCCACGAAAAGAUGAGCGAACCUUGUGUCUUAAAAUACCUCGCGUUCUGAGUCUACCGUUUAGUUUGAAACAAGUUUAUUCGCUUGUUUAUUGGGCCAGCCGCGAUUGCUUGGUGUAGUCCAAGUCUAGUGUAUUUGUGUAUAUAUGUGGGAAAGUAGCACGGGAAGUCUCAAUACUUAACGCUACUUACACAAUCAAUUUCAACGGUUAUUUCUUACGAAUAAGGGUGUUGCUGUUUCAAUUAAAAAGUUCGCCACCGUUAGUUUUCGAGAUUAAUUAAAACGUAAUAAACUUGUGUCUCCAUCUCCUAUUGUUAAGUGAUUUGUGAUCUGGAAGUUGUAAUCAGUGUGUGUGUACAGUGAAUAUGACCUUGGUAGUUUUGAAUAAUUACUUCGACUAGCCAACAUAAUGCAACAGAAGGUUGUUCGUUCUCUGUCGUUUUUUGAUUGUGUUGGUUACAAUAUCGGUCAUCUGAAGCAACUACUUCUAAGGCUACGGCUGUCCACAUUUUGAAAAUGGACGAAAGCAGUAACAUAGUAGAUCCUCCUCAGUUUUCCACUACAUGCGGUGCACUAGAGGACGAUAUCAACAUAAGUGAUGUCAUUGAAGUUAUCCAAGAGGAUCCGGACUUCAAGCAGUCCAAUUCGAAAUCAUCAGCUAUGUAUAACGGAGGACCGGAUACCGAGAACGCUCCUUUGCAAUUGGAGCAGCCUAUAACAGCAGCUCAGGCCCGACGACAUUGUUAUGUUAAAAUUAUUGAACAGCCAGCACCUAAGGCACUUCGUUUUCGUUAUGAAUGCGAAGGAAGAUGUGCCGGAUCAAUUCCUGGAGUUUCAAGUACUCCAGAGAACAAAACGUAUCCUGCUAUUCAGGUGAUAGGUUAUAAAGGAAGAGCUGUCGUGGUGGUCUCGUGCGUCACGAAGGACCCUCCCUACAGGCCUCACCCUCACAAUCUAGUAGGAAGGGAUGGUUGUAGGAAAGGCGUGUGUACCCUGGAAAUUUCACCGGAAACAAUGUCUGUAACUUUUCCAAACUUAGGGAUUCAGUGUGUCAAAAAAAAAGACAUCGAAAGUGCUCUGAGACAGAGAGAAGAAAUUAGAGUUGAUCCAUUUAGAACUGGGUUUUCGCACAGAAACCAACCAACGUCCAUUGAUCUAAAUGCUGUAAGGUUGUGUUUUCAAGUGUUUUUGGAAGGUGAAAGGGGAAGAUUCACGAUACCUUUAACACCGGUAGUUAGCGAAUCCAUUUACGAUAAAAAGGCAAUGUCCGACCUUGUAAUCGUCAAAUUAUCAGACUGCGUAACGACCGUCGAUGGCGGGAAAAAAGAUAUAAUUCUUCUUUGUGAAAAAGUGGCAAAAGAAGAUAUUCAAGUUCGUUUUUACGAAGAAAAGGAAAAUCAAGUGGUGUGGGAGGGUUUCGCUGAUUUCCAGCCCUCUCAGGUUCACAAACAGACUGCAAUUUGGUUUAGACCUCCGCGGUAUAGGACUUUAGAAAUUACGGAACCUGUCAAGGUUUACAUUCAGUUGAGAAGACCUUCAGACGGAUCCACUAGUGAACCUCUUCCUUUUCAAUUCUUACCCUUAGAUUCAGGUAGGCCAGCAUUUUGGUCUUUUCGUCGAAAUUUAACCAAAAAGGAAAACUAUAAUUUCUUCAGCACAAUACUAGCCAACGAUACUAAAAUGCUGAACAAAAGACAACUUGGCAGCAUUCCCCCCAUUCAUUCGGAAAGUAUUAGUCAUAAGUGCAAUGUUAAAUUAUCUGAAAAUAUCGUUUCAUCUUCUUCUAAUAAUUCUUUACCUAUGGACACAUCUGAUCAAAGCAAUAGUAUUUGUAAACCUAUUUCAUCUGCUAAAAUUAUCCCAGACAUGCCUGAAAUUCAAGAAGAAAAAUCGUUUAAUGAGUUAAUCGAUCAAGUCGCGGAGCUUGAUGAAAUCUACUCACAAACCCGAAUCCGAAAGCUGAGCGGAGAGAACAAUUUGAAUGACGAAACCUUCGAUGAUACCAAAACAUACACUAGUUUACAAAUGGCUUUUGCGAAUCCUAUAAAAAUGAAAUUCUGUCCAGUCCAUGAAGACUCUGCAGCAGUAACACCAUUGUCCCCAAUUAGCGAAGUUUCAAAUUUAAAACGCGAAAAUGAAACAGAAAAACUGCCCCCUUUACCACCAAAACGAUCAAAAAAAGUUACUGAUAUCUGUGAACCGUACGUUCCGAAGGAUGGUUCGAUGCAGAAUAUCCAACUGAGCGAAAAGCAAGCCCAACUUGUUUCAAAAGGUUCCAAUCAAAGCCUGUUUGUUAAAUCGGCAUCUAGGUCUUCUUUAAAUCUUCAUCGACCUCGUUCUCAAGGUGACUUAUCUCCACCUUCUAAAAAACUACCCCCUAAGCCAACCGGUACGUUGCCAAACCCAAAGAAAAGCGGAUUUCUGUCUAAACUAUUUUCAAGAAAAAAAGACAAAGAUUCAAAUAGAUCUUCGCGUGAACAAAGCGCUGCCCCGUCCGAAAAUAAUUUAUUAACUGGCUCCAAAUUACCUGUGGCAGAGUCGAACUUAAAGAAUGCAAGUUCGGGAAAUCUCUCAAUUUGUUCCAAUCGCUCAAACGCAGACAGUAUACAUAUUCCUUUAAAAGAUCUCGAAAUGGGGAGUAAAACUGGUCAGAGCAAAACAGUUCUCACUACAGAUUUGAAUGCUAAUGAUGACGUUCUGUUUAAUAACAUGGACUUGACAGAAGCAGAACAUUACGCACUUUAUACUGCAAUUGCACCUCAUGCCACUCAAAGCGAGUUUGAUGAAAUGUCAUGUUAUUAUGCUGCUGUUGAAGGCGGUAAAAUAUUUUCUGAUAAUUUUGUACGUCCAAAAACAUGACGCUUACAAAAUUUAACGAUCAAAACUUCAAUCAAGGAAGCUAGCGAUAAGUUUUUGUAUUAUGUCAUAGGGAUCCCCUAGGGAGAAUGUUGUUACAUUUGGAGCAAUGUAUGUAAAAUACUCAUUAAAAUCAUAAGCCGACAUAGUAAACUUAACCUAACAGACAACUACCAUGUACAGGGCAAAAUUUUCUAUUAAUUAUGCGUAGGUCGCAACGAUAAUAUAAUCAAUCAGAUGUAGUUGUCACGUCCUCAAUCGCCUUUAUUGUCGUUGCGAGAAACACCAUUGUGCGUGUCAUGCUUGCUUGUACCAAAAUGUACUUUCAAGUACCAACGCGCAUAAGGCAGACAACACGCAUGUUUUACAUCGAUAUUUCAUUUCUCAUGGAGGAUCCCUAUUCUGUUGUAUUAUUGCUAAGUAGCCAUUCAUGGCAACUGUUUUUUUUUUUGAUACUUAAUCCUGUGAACAAAUUAAAUUAAAAAAAUAUACUUAUGUUGUAAUACAUAUUACUGUUUUAGAGCCCGGCAUGUUAAAGCGUAAACGACAGAAACACGAAAAUGACGCGAAAAAUCAAUUAUUAGUGUUUCAGUUACAGGAGCAGGAAACCAAUA